GCCCUGUUGCUAGGCUAUCGAAGUACACAGCUGUUAUCGUUGCCGGUGUGCAUGUGCGUGCGCUUUUCUCCCUUUUUACGGACUUUGUAAAUAAUUUGAAUAGUGAUUGAGGUCAUAAUGGGUGAUAAACUGCUAGACACUACACAAAUCAUAAAUGGACUGGCCGUGAUGAUAUCAUUCUUUGUCGGCUACAAAUAUGCACUUAAAAGAGGCGACGCCUGCCCUAAGUCUGAUACAUCGACAUCAUCUGAUGUAUCAGAGGAAGGUGCUGCAGCCGCUGUGGUUGACAGAAACUUUGGAGGCUUUAACGACAACUUUAAAAUGGUGUUAGUCGUGCGCAACGACUUGAAGAUGGGUAAGGGCAAAAUAGCCUCCCAAUGCUCGCAUGGAGCGGUUGGUGCUUACCAAAGAGCUGUGAAAUGUACACCUCGCCUACUUCGUGCCUGGAAGAACUGCGGCUGUGCUAAAAUUGCAGUGCGUGUGGAGAGUGAAGCCGAACUAAUGACCAUAAAACGUGCUGCAGAGAAAAAUCAAUUAAAUACCUGUCUAAUACGCGACGCUGGACGCACACAGAUCGAACCAAACUCAAAGACUGUGCUGGCCAUUGGACCAGCAGCUGCUGCCGAUAUCGAUCGUGUGACAGGCCAUCUGAAGCUAUUGUAAAGCACAUACGCUUAAAUAUU